AUGAUCAUAUCAGAUGAUGAGAUUCUCGAUAUGAUGAUAUCAGAUGAAUGGAUUUUCGAUAUGAUGAUAUCAGAUGAAUGGAUUCUCGAUAUGAUGAUAUCAAAUGAUGGCUUUCCCGAUAUGAUCAUAUUUGAUGAUGAGAUUCUCGAUAUGAUCAUAUCAGAUGAUGAGAUUCUCGAUAUGAUCAUAUCAGAUGAUGAGAUUCUCGAUAUGAUGAUAUCAGAUGAAUGGAUUCUCGAUAUGAUGAUAUCAGAUGAAUGGAUUCUCGAUAUGAUCAUAUCAGAUGAUGAGAUUCUCGAUAUGAUCAUAUUAGUUGAAUGGAUUCUCGAUAUGAUCAUAUCAGAUGAUGAGAUUCUCGAUAUGAUGAUAUCAGAUGAAUGGAUUCUCGAUAUGAUGAUAUCAGAUGAAUGGAUUCUCGAUAUGAUCAUAUCAGAUGAUGAGAUUCUCGAUAUGAUCAUAUUAGUUGAAUGGAUUCUCGAUAUGAUCAUAUCAGAUGAUGAGAUUCUCGAUAUGAUGAUAUCAGAUGAAUGGAUUUUCGAUAUGAUGAUAUCAGAUGAAUGGAUUCUCGAUAUGAUGAUAUCAAAUGAUGGCUUUCCCGAUAUGAUCAUAUUUGAUGAUGAGAUUCUCGAUAUGAUCAUAUCAGAUGAUGAGAUUCUCGAUAUGAUCAUAUCAGAUGAUGAGAUUCUCGAUAUGAUGAUAUCAGAUGAAUGGAUUCUCGAUAUGAUGAUAUCAGAUGAAUGGAUUCUCGAUAUGAUCAUAUCAGAUGAUGAGAUUCUCGAUAUGAUCAUAUUAGUUGAAUGGAUUCUCGAUAUGAUCAUAUCAGAUGAUGAGAUUCUCGAUAUGAUGAUAUCAGAUGAAUGGAUUCUCGAUAUGAUGAUAUCAGAUGAAUGGAUUCUCGAUAUGAUCAUAUCAGAUGAUGAGAUUCUCGAUAUGAUGAUAUCAGAUGAAUGGAUUCUCGAUAUGAUCAUAUCAGAUGAUGAGAUUCUCGAUAUGAUCAUAUUAGUUGAAUGGAUUCUCGAUAUGAUCAUAUCAGAUGAUGAGAUUCUCGAUAUGAUCAUAUCAGAUGAAUGGAUUCUCGAUAUGAUGAUAUCAGAUGAAUGGAUUCUCGAUAUGAUGAUAUCAAAUGAUGGCUUUCCCGAUAUGAUCAUAUUUGAUGAUGAGAUUCUCGAUAUGAUCAUAUCAGAUGAUGAGAUUCUCGAUAUGAUCAUAUCAGAUGAAUGGAUUCUCGAUAUGAUGAUAUCAGAUGAUGAGAUUCUCGAUAUGAUCAUAUCAGAUGAAUGGAUUCUCGAUAUGAUCAUAUUCGUUGAAUGGAUUCUCGAUAUGGUGAUAUCAAAUGAAUGGCUUUCUCUAUAUGUUGAUAUCAGAUGA